ACGAAACCAAAUCUUUCUCUCACUGUCGUCUCUUUUGGUCUUUCGUCUCUCUCUACUCUUACUCGCCGCCGAUCGUUACUCCGUCUCCGUCGACACCACCAUGGCGCCAAAGAAGGAUAAGGUUCCACCGCCGUCAUCAAAGCCGGCUAAAUCCGGAGGUGGAAAGCAAAAGAAGAAGAAGUGGAGCAAGGGAAAGCAAAAGGAGAAGGUGAACAACAUGGUCUUGUUUGACCAAGGUACUUACGACAAGCUUCUCACUGAAGCACCCAAGUUCAAGCUCAUUACUCCAUCGAUUCUCUCUGACCGUAUGAGGAUUAAUGGGUCUCUAGCAAGAAGGGCAAUAAGGGAGCUAAUGGCCAAGGGUUUGAUCAGGAUGGUCUCUGCUCACUCUAGCCAGCAGAUCUACACUCGUGCCACCAACACCUAAAAAGCUUGACUUUUCAAUGGUUUGGUUCUCGAAGCUCCUCUUGAAUUAUGUCUUUUGAUGUAUACAUUAAUCAUCAGAGCUCUUAUAGUUCUUCUUUUUGGUAACCGUUGCUCCGUUGUACCUCAAGAACCUCUUUAGAAUUGUGUUUUCAGAUUAUUAUGCGAAGUUAAAGUCGAAGUUGCUUUCUAAUUUUUCCCUAGUCA